GGCUUGAACGCAGCCUCCUGAUUUCCUCCUGUUCUUCCUCCAUCAAAUCUUCAUCUUUACUCCCUUACAUCAAUCAGUAAGUGAACAAAAACAUGCCUCCAAUCUAUUAUCUCAAUCCACCACCGAAUCCCUUCUGGGAUUUCGUCGCUGGAAUGGAAGACCAUCCAUUCUUUGCACAAUACCAACGACCAGUCCCUCCCACUGCACCGCAGAACCCAGCCGGUUCAGGAACGGAGCAGGCUCAAACGCAAGCAACCGCAGGGGCCAGUGAAAAAGCCAAAGGCAAGCACGCCGACAAGAACGCUGAAGACCCUCCGGAAGUCGAUCCUUCUACCAUCCGUCCCCAAGGUAAGGAGAAAGACUCCAGCAUACCAUUUCGUGGCCGUGGUCGUUUCGGAAAUGCUUUCGAAGGAGACAAUGUCGAGGACAAAGACAGCAAGCACGGCCGUCAUGGGAAAGGUCGCCAUGGCCAUCGCCACCAUCAUGGCAAGGGUCGACGCCGAAGCCCAAGCUCUUCUUCCAGUUCCAGCUCCAGCUCUAGCGAGAGCGACAAAGGCCAUCGCGGCGGUAAAUGGUGGCGCCAUCACCCCGACCGUUCCGGUCCUUGGAGAGGCGGACCUCCUUUUGGCCCGGCACCAUUCAUGUUUGCGGGCCGUGGAGGACCUUUCUUUGGGCGCCACGGCCCGCCAUCUGGAUUUGAAGGUCCAGAGGGUCAUGGCCCCGGCCGCUUUGGCGGGGCCCGUGGCAGCGGAGGAUGCCCUCGCGGACGCGGAGGUCACCACGGCCCUCAUUCACGAUCGCCACCUCACGGCGGACCAUUUGGACAUAGACAAGGUGCAUUCGGCCCCGGACGUGGCCGAGGCGGGUUUGAUUUGGGAAAUUUCUUGAACAACCUGGGAGAACGUAUUGGUGUUGAUCUUUCUUCCGCAGCUGAAGGAUUGGGCUUCAAGGCUCCCCGUGCCAAUGACACCGACUUUGAGCCAAGAGCCGACAUUUUCGACACCGCGUCGCAAUAUACGAUCCAUCUCUCCCUGCCAGGCGCAAAGAAAUCCGAUGUCGGUGUGGAAUGGGAUGGAGAGCAUUCCGUCCUCCGCCUUGCAGGUGUCGUCCACCGACCGGGUGUCGACGAAGAAAUGAUGACACGGUUGGUUGUUGAUGGAAGAAAGCGCGAGACUGGUGUUUUCGAGAAGAACAUCCGUCUCGGAACUCAGACGGAGCCCGCCGAUGUUGACGUCCAAGGUAUCACAGCCAAGAUGGUGGAUGGCGUCCUCGUUGUGCGGGUCCCCAAGGUUGAAAAGACAUUCGAACGCAAGUCAGUCCACGUCUCGUCCUCACCUGAAAUCCCAAUCGAGAGGCCAGAAGAAGUGUAUGAAAACGAAAGGGAUCUCUUGUUCGAUGCGGAAGAACAGGGAGACGAACACAUGGAAGACGCUCAGCCAGAUGCUGCUCCGGCCCAGCCAUAUCCAGCUAAGGCUUCCAUGAGCAGUGCUUCCAAGGGCAAGCAGAAGGCAGCAGAAGCAGAACGAGAACGGUCCACGACCCUUGACUACGAACACCCGAAUGAGACGGUCGACACUCUUCCGCGGUAUGAAGCUGAAGACACAAGCAACCAUGGGCGACCAGAUGAUGCGGAGAUGAGUGACUGGGAGAAGGACGGGUCGGAGGAUGAAGGCGAGUACGUCAAGAUCAACGUUGACUAAAAGACAAACAAAACAGGCCAACGAAAAGAGCACCUGCGGAGUCCCCAUCGGGCUUUGACAGUAUGAGGAGGGAAUAUUGGACAUCAGGGGCGUUUCUGGAUUUCUCUUCUAUUUGAUUUGCUAUGACCUAUGUCUCUACCCAAAUUAGUGCGAAGCUCCAUUCAGAAUCAUACAGCACAAGAAACAUGGAACAUGGAACAUGGAACAUAAACAUGAUCUGCCGGCGUUGCAAGAUCAUGCAAAAUUCACACAAAAUACAAAAACCACAUGGCUUGCGUUGGCUCGCCAGAGAUCUCAAACAAA